UGUUUCUCCCUCUAUGGGACGGUGGUUACUGGAAAUGGAAACCAACUUCAAAUUCUUCCAUUUUCGCCAUUUGCCAACAUUAGCCAUUCCACCAAUCAUCACCUGCCACGUAUGUUAAUACGUAAUUAUCACAAUUCACAACUCUUCUACAUUCUUUAAGUGCUUCACUUUGCUUUUCUUCAUCACUUCAUCAAGCUUGUAGGAAUGUGGACUCCACGCGCUCUCUUCUCUACACUCGCUCUUCUCUUUCAUCUUCUUCACUCUGCUCGGAGUGAUAGAUCUCCAUGGAACACACUCACCGGAAAUCCACCAUUGGUUGUAGCACAUGGCGGAUUUUCAGGAGUUUUUCCUCAGUCUAGUGAAGUUGCCUAUAAUUUGGCCGUCAUGACGAGCGGACCGGAAGUCUCUAUAUGGUGUGAUGUGCAAUUAACCAAAGAUGAAGUUGGGAUUUGCCUUCCAAAUGUCAUACUUGACAAUUCUACUUUCAUUUCCUAUAUUUUCCCAAAUAAAAGUACAACUUACAAUGUUAAUAAUGUACCCACCAAUGGAUAUUUUUCUCUGGAUUACACCCUCAAGGAUUUAUCCAAUGUCCCCUUAAAACAGGUAGUAUACUCUCGGUCACCCGUGUUUGAUGGCACUUAUAUGAUUCUUACUGUUGAUGAUGUAGUCAAAUCAGGGGCGCCACAAACACCAGGUUUGUGGUUGAAUAUUCAGCAUGAUGCAUUCUACGCGCAACACAAGUUGAGCAUGAAAAGAUUUGUACUUUCAGUAUCUAGAAGAGUGCGUGUUAAUUAUAUCUCGUCACCUGAGAUUGGUUUUCUGAGAAGUAUUAAACCACGCUUAAACCCGAAAAAGACAAAAUUUAUCUUCAGGUUUCUCGAUCAGAAUGAAACAGACCCAUCAACCAAUCAGACUUAUGGUUCACUGUUAAAAAAUCUUACGUUUAUCAAAUCGUUUGCUUCCGGAAUUCUUGUUCCCAAGGGAUACAUAUGGCCUGUAGAUGAUAGUCUCUAUCUACAACCACAUACCUCUUUGGUCUCAGAUGCACAUAAAUUGGGGCUGGAAGUUUUUGCAUCAGGUUUUGCAAAUGAUGCCUCAUUUAGCUUUAAUUACAGUUACGAUCCUCUUGCUGAGUACCUCCAAUUCAUUGAUAAUGGUGAAUUCUCCGUCGAUGGUGUUUUGUCAGAUUUUCCCGUAACUCCUUCUGCAGCUAUAGGUUGCUUUGCUCACCUUGGCACCAAUUCCACGAAAAGAGAUAAAACUUUAAUUAUCUCAAAAUGUGGAGCAAGUGGAGAUUAUCCAGCCUGUACCGACUUAGCAUAUAACAAGGCCAUAUUAGAUGGUGUGGAUGUUCUUGACUGUCCUGUUCAAAUGUCAAAGGAUGGAAUACCAUUUUGCUUAAGCUCCGCUGAUCUUGGAGAGAGUACCACAGCUGUAAAAUCAAGUUUCAGCCGAUAUGCCAUGAGUAUCCCUGAGAUCAAACCUGGAAAUGGCAUAUUUACAUUCAACUUGACGUGGACUGAUAUAAAAGGCCUGACCCCCUCAAUAGUGAACCCUUUUUUUGCAAAAUACAGUUUGGUCAGGGAUCCAAAAUAUAAGAAUGCUGGGACAUUUGUAACAUUAUCAGAUUUCUUGUUGUUGACAAAAAAUCAGACUUCUCUAUCAGGCGUCUUGAUCAUUGUUGAGAACGCAGCCUAUCUUGCAGAAAAGCAGGGAUUAAGUGUGACCGAUGCAGUCAUCGAUGCUUUGAGCAAAGCAGGUUAUGAUAAACCAGGAAGCCAAAAAGUUUAUAUUCAAUCCACUAAUAGCUCUGUACUUUUGAAGUUCAAGGAAAAAACUAGUUAUGAGCUUGUCUACAAGAUUGACGAGACUGUCGGUGAUGUUGCUGACGCAGCCGUUGAGGAUAUAAAAAGCUUCGCUGGUUCAGUUGUUGUCGACAAGGUCUCUGUAUUUCCUCGUGACGUCGCCUUCCUUACCAGCUCUUUAACAAGGACUGUGCCAAAGCUAAAAGCUUCUAACCUCUCAGUUUUCGUGGAAACGUUCAGCAAUGAGUUUGUAUCUCAGGCAUGGGAUUUCUUCUCAGAUCCAAUUGUUGAGAUCAACUCAUUUAUUCAAGAAGCAGGAAUCGAUGGGGUCAUCACAGACUUCCCUAAAACUGCUAAUAGAUACUCAAGAAACAAAUGCUUAAACUUGGGUGAUAAGGUACCUCCUUACAUGCAACCUGUUCAAGCAGGUAGUCUUUAUGGAAUUAUUCCCUCUGAAUCAUUGCCUCCAGCUCUAGCUCCACUCCCAUCCUUGACUAAUUCUGAAGUGGUAGAGCCACCUUUGCCUCCUGUUACUAAAAUAGCCCCAGCUUCUAGUCCUGCUGAUGGAACCAAUUCGCCACACAAAAAUGUGCAGCCUAAGGUUACUGUAUGCUUCUUGUCCAAUGUGGCUGUGUUUGUACUUGUAGCUUCUCUUGUUUUGCUUUGAGUGAAAAUCAUGUCCUCUCUUUUUAGUUAGAUGAAUUCUUAGUAGGUAUCACCUUUCGUUGAGUAGAUUAUGAAAGAGUGUAGAGAAGAGUGAGCAACAUUUUUAUUUAAAAAAAGAAUGGACUCUAAAAUUGUGUUAAAAUUGCAAAUGAGGGCUUAUUUCCUGUGUGAGAUGUGUGAAAGAGAGGCGAACAAGUUGGAGGGGUGGUGGCUCUAGCGAGAAUAUGAAGGAGAAGUAGAGAAGGGUAUUUAAUUUUGUAAAAGUUUAAGGACUUAAAUGAUAUUAAAAUUAUUAAUGAGGGGUUAUUCACAAUGUGAGAUGUGUGGAAGUCUCUCAUCUAGCCCUCGCCUUUAUUAUUACUAAGAUAAAAGUAAAUCUCAUUCAAUUCUUCAAUUUUUUUACUUUUUACCGAAUUCUCGUUCGGAUCUUAGUUUUCGGUAAUGUAUUUGAGAUGCGGAAAAAAAAUGUCAGAUGAGCAUUUUCUUUCUUAUAAUGUUUGUUUUCUGAAAUGUUCAUGUAAUGUUUGAAAGUGGACUUUAAUCUUUUUAUGAAA